CGUCGCCCGAAAGCCUGGAAGGAACAUGAAAUCAAAAGAACCCCAUUGGUAAACUACCGGGGGAAUCCUUGACACUAGCCGUUUCCCAGUAAAGAACUGGCAGUGUUGAUUGGGUUCCGCGGUUAUUGGGAAGACUGCGGCUAAUAAACGUAUUUCGGGUCUAUUUCUCCACUUCCUUCUGUUCCCUUUUGCUUCUCUCUUCCCCUCCCUCAACCUCUCAUUCUUAGUGGGGUGUGGGGAUAAGCGAGAUGGAUGAGAAUUAAAUCUGUACGUAUAUAUAUAUCGGCGGGUGAGGUCGGGAGGGGAAAGGGAUGUAGUACAUUUUAUACUUGUUAUGAUAAUUCUCGAUAAUUGCAUCCAUACAUUACGUACAUGCGUAGACGAAAAGCAAACCACUGCGCGUGAAACGCGAAGAAAAAAGAAUCCAAGGAAAGAGAAAAGUAAAAAGAAUAAACCAUGGCCCCUUCCGUCGUCAGAGAAGAUCUCACCAACCCGAUUGUUCCCGCGAACAAAAACGCCAGCUCCCAGCAAGAGCAAAAGCCUGGAGCGGCCAUUGAGCAGGUCCAGCUGCGCAAUCGCACAGUGACCGGCCAGCAGCUAAACAUCAGGCAAUAUCCCAAAUUCAACAGCCUAGAGGAAGAGCGCCUUUACCGCAAGCAGCAUCUGGCAGCGGCGUUUCGGGUUUUUGCUGAUCGCGGCUUCGAUGAGGGUGUGGCGGGCCACAUCUCUGUCAGAGAUCCGAUUUUGACGGAUCAUUUUUGGCUAAACGCACUCUCCCAAAACUUCUCCCAAAUAUCCGUCUCAGACCUAAUCCUAGUCAACGAAGACGGUGACGUCGUCAUCGGCACCGAGCCCAUAAACUCAGCCGCCUUCGCCAUCCAUUCCGAGAUUCACAAGGCCCGUCCCAACGUUAACGCCGCCUGCCACGCUCACAGCGUCUACGGCAAAGCCUUCUCCGUCUUCGGCCGCGAACUCGACAUGAUGACCCAGGACGCGCUGCGCUUCUACAAAUCCCACGCCGUCUACGGCGAAUUCCGCGGCGUGGUGCUGGACCGCGAAGAGGGCAUUAAUAUCGCCCGCGCGCUAGGGGAUGGCAAGGCGGUGAUUUUGCAGAAUCAUGGGCUGCUGACGGUUGGCGAGAGUGUGGAUGAGGCGGCGUUUUGGUUUAUUAGUCUGGACAAGACGUGUCAUGCGCAGCUGUUGGCGGAUGCGGCGGCAGCUGGGUCUGGGUAUAAGAAGAUUUUGAUUGGCGAGGAAGAAGCGGAGGUAACGGCGGAGCAGGUUGGUGGCCCGGAUAAGGGUUGGUUGGCUUUCCAGGGGUAUUAUGAUGAGCAGCUUGCGAAGACAAACGGAUCAUUCUUGAAGUAGGGCAGUAGUAUGUAUGCCCAGGGAUCUGUUGCUCUUGCUCUGAUCAUGAUUGUUCCUUUUGUGCUGAUUUUCCCCUUCCCAUUCUCUGAUGUCAGGGAAAGGGUAUGGAUGAGGAUGAGCAGCAUUUCAUGAUAAUCGAUCGGCAAAUAUAUGAUAGGGGGACGGGCCUCGUCCGUUAUAUAUUUCCAUCAUAUGUGAAGGAAUCUGUUUAGUCAAUGACGUUAUAUUGACGUUGUCGCAUUGAUUAUUAUCUCAUGAUUGUAUCUUUCCUUCAUAACAUAUGCUCACCCCGUUUUGCCGCUCGUGAAAUAGAAAGAUUUGGGCUAGCCAAUCAUCAAGACAACGAAAAGAAGUGAGGGGGAUAGGAUAAUAGUAGUAGCGUAGGGUCUGAAUAAGAAAUCGUUCAGGAAUCCGAACGACAUGGAAUCGCGUUAAAAGUUAUACAAAUCCAAAAAUAAAAAAAAAUAAAAAAAAUAAACAAUAAAAUAAAAUAAAAUAAAGAGAUAGAAACAAAAAUCAAAGAAUGGAAGAAUAGAGAAAAGAGAGAUAUAUAAAAAGUAACGUGAAAUUGGAAACGUACGCCUACCGGGAUAUCGCUAAAACCGCUCUGCAAAACCG